UAUGCUUAUUUUUACUCUCUUUAUUCUUAAGACUCUGCAGCACACCACAAAUUUCAGCAGAGACAAAGACAAUAUAUAUACUCCUAAUCAAUUUACCAGUCCUAUAUAGAGACCUCAAGUCUCCAAGAAGGCUUGUAGUGUUGUAGUCAUAUUAUACCUUGUUCUCUGUCCCCAGGUGUUACAUUUUCUUUAUAAAGUUGUGAAAAAUAACUAUGAGAUACAUUCGGACCGGAAGCUUCAAAAGACUGUUCUCCAGCAAGCGUCAAAGCUUUGAUAAUAAAGAAGAUGAAGAAGGAAUGGCGAAGAUGUGUAGUCUUUCUAAUGACCAACAAGAGAAUAACGAAAGCUUCAACAGUAGUACUGGUAGUCCAAAAUCUAGAAGAUAUAGCCGCACCUCAAGUUUUAGGAGACUCUUUUCUAUCAAGCCUAGAAGCUCAGAUUAUUCAAAUGAUCAAGAAGAGGAAUACAAUGACGGAAACUUUCAGAGAAGGACUUGGAAGAACUUCACUUUUCAACAAGUCUUUCGCGCAACCAAUGGUUUUGCCUCAGAUAAUUUGGUAGGGAAAGGAGGGUAUGCGGAGGUUUAUAAAGGAGUGCUAGAAGAUGGACAGGAAAUAGCUGUAAAACGAUUGACAAAGGUAUCAAAUGAUGAGAGGAAAGAGAAGGAGUUCUUGACAGAGAUCGGAACACUUGGUCACGUUAACCAUCCGAAUGUGUUAUCACUUUUAGGUUGUUGCAUUGAUAAUGGGUUAUAUCUAGUUUUCCAGUUUUCGUCUAGAGGUUCUGUUGCUUCUCUUAUCCAUGAUGAGAAUUCACCAACAAUGGAUUGGAAAUCAAGGUACAAAAUUUGUGUUGAAACUGCCCUAGGUCUUCAUUAUUUGCACAAAGUAUGUCCGAGAAGAAUAAUUCAUAGAGACAUCAAGACUUCCAAUGUUUUGGUUACUGCAGAUUUUAGACCCCAGAUAUCAGAUUUUGGAUUGGCAAAAUGGCUUCCAUCACAGUGGACUCAUCAUUCAAUAGUUCCUAUAGAAGGCACAUUUGGGCAUUUAGCACCGGAGUAUUUCAUGCACGGGUUUGUGGAUGAGAAGACUGAUGUAUUUGCGUUUGGUGUCCUCUUGCUCGAGAUUAUAUCUGGCAAGAAACCAGUUGAUGGCUCACACCAAAGUUUACAUAGCUGGGCAAAACCUAUAUUGAACCAAGGGGACAAUGGGAAGUUGGUGGAUCCAAGACUCGAAGGUGCAUAUAAUACCAAGCAGCUCAACAGGCUUGCAUUUGCAGCAUCUCUCUGCAUACGCAAAUCUUCCAAGUGGCGACCAAUCAUGAGCGAGGUUCUGCAAGUAAUGCUAAUGGAAGGAGAAAUCGAUAAAGAGAGGUGGAAAAUUCCAAAAGAGGAGGAGGAGGAUGAGGUUUGGAGUUUAGAAGAUCUUGAAUGCGAGUGUGAUAGCGCAUUCUCAUCUCUGUCACUGACAAAUUAAUAUUAGCUAGGAAUUCUUAAAACUCAGAGUUUCAGUUCGUACUUUUGUCGACAUACAUGUAAACUGAAAUAAAUAUGUCUGGCUGUAAAGAGUUUUGUUUGAUGAAUAAAUUUUUGCCAACUCA